AUGAUAGAAACAUCACAAGUCAAUAAUAACACUCCCACAAAUGUGACACAAACAUCAUCCACAAGACAUCAUCAACCAUUACGGUCAUCAUGCUCACAACAUUCCGAUACACAUCAUUUAGAUUCUCAUAUGAAUACAAUGGUCAAUCAUCACAUCCUUCCUCAUCAUCAUCAGAAUGGAGAAGAGCAAUGUUUGACCACAUCAGAAGCAGCAGCAUUGUAUGGAAGUGGUAGUAGUAGUUGCACCACCACCACAACCACCACCACCAUCACGACAUGGAUGUGUAAAGAAGAACAAAGAAUGAGAAUUCAUGCCAUUGCAGAAUUUGUUGCUGGAGCAUUUGGAGGAUUGGCUGGAAUUUGUGUGGGUUAUCCAUUAGAUACUAUCAAGACAAGAAUGCAAAUAUUUCAAGAGAAUCAUCAUCAAUUCAAUGAAACAUUUAAAACAAAAUGGGAUUAUUUUAGAGGUCUUUAUAGAGGUUUAACAAGUCCACUCAUUGGAGAACUUGCAAGUAAUUUUGUAUUGUUUGGAUCUUUUGGAAUUUGUAAAGAUUGGAUUUCAAAAUAUUCAUUGAAAGAGAAUUCAAGAGAUGAAUACAGUGCAAUGAAAGAAUAUGCUGCCAUAUUUGCAUCAGGUGCAUUCUCUGGUUUGGCCAUUAGUUUUGUGGUUGGGCCAACUGAAAUGAUUAAAAUCCAAAUGCAGACUAAAAAUGGAAGUGAACAUCAAACCAUUAUGAAAUGCGUUCGUGAAUUGUGGAAAACAAGAGGAUUCUUUCAUGGCUAUAUUUCUUGUUUGAGCCAUCAAUUGACUUUUUAUUCUUCCUAUUUUCUCAUUUAUGAAUUGAGUAAGAGACAAUUUGCAAAUUAUUAUACUCGUCAAAGUCGUAGGGGUUUGAGUGGAACAUUAAGUUGGGCAUUGGUGUAUCCUACAGACUCGAUUCAAUCGAUUGUGAGAUAUGAUCGAAACAUGAACAUGAGAAAGGUAUUUAAAAAGUAUACAUUGAGGGAUUUGUAUAGAGGGUUUCAGCCCACUGUGAUUCGUGCAUUUCCUGUGAAUGCCGUUACCUUUUAUGCUUAUGAAUUGGCUUACAAAAUGAUAGCGUAUUUGCAUCAUGAAUAA